CAUAAAUUAGAAUUCGAUUAAUCCAGUUUAAUCUUGGUUGAUAAUUGUCAAUAAGAGUGUAACGGAGGAACAGGUGGCCAGGACGGAAGGACGGACAGACGCACAUCAUCACAAUAUCCCCACUUUUUCUCCAAAAAACGUGGGGAUAAUGACUAGUAGGACAUGAUUGAGCAAGAAGAAUAUGAGACGGAUAGCACCAUGGACAUCAAAGAUGAUCUUUUGCAAGAGGACACUUUCCUCAGAAUGGGUGUCCAAAGCGAUGACCAAAAUGGCUUUGGGACCCAUGUAGCGUUUGAACACAAUGAAGGCCCUCAAGACACUUUAGAUACCACAGGUGAGACUGAAGAAGGGGCCGUAACAUCAGUUUUAAAUGAAAGCACCUGUGAGGAUUCACUUAGCAUACCAAUGGAUGACCCAGAAAAAGAUGGGUUUUACUUUAAUGCUGCUGAGAUAAGCUUGAAAGUACAUUCUUCAGAACUAGACACGUAUCUGUCUGAUUCUGAUAAGUCUGAUCACACCGAGAACACAUGUCCAUCACACAAUGAAGAGGUUACAAUAAGUGAGACAGAAGAGCUUACAGUUAAUGAAACGGAGUCACCGCUCCAUUGCGCACUGUGUGGAAACCUGUACGCAGAUCCUCGGAUUCUAGACUGUCUUCAUGCUUACUGCUAUCAGUGCAUCGAGAAAUGUAACUACUUUGAUAAAAACAGACCAACUGCAAAAUUGUUACGAUGUCCUAACUGUGGUGCAUUUCAGACUGUAAAGGACAGUCAGAAGCUUCCAAAACACCUUGUCUUGGAACAACUGGUUAAGCUGAAUGACAGCAAUGCGAUGGGAGUGAAUUGUGUUGUUUGUGCACUGCAUGAGCAGGAGAGGGAACCAUCUGGGAAGUGUGUGGAUUGUGGCGACCUGCUCUGUGACAGUUGCUGUGAGAAACACACAUUCUCCAGACUCACUGCAAAGCAUGUAAUUGUGCCACUGGAUAGUCAAUGCACAAUUUCAAUGCGAAGUAAACAUAGCACUUGUCCCAGUCAUGAAGAACUGAGUUUGAGCUUUUGUACUAAAUGCAAUUGUGCUGUGUGCAAAGUGUGUGUCCGUGAGGCACAUGCUGGACACGCAUGCAUUUCCUUGGACAAAAAGCUUCAAGAAUUCAAGAAGGAUAUUGAUGAGAAAAUGAGUGAGUUGGAAGAAGCGCUUGUGUUAGUUGAAAAAAAUGACUCGUGCAAGGAAGACCUUGAUAUGCUAGAAAAGCUGGAAGAAGAGCAACUUGAUGUUUUAAGAAAUGGAAGAGAAAAAUACAUUGAAUUGGUGGUGGAUAGUUAUAAUGCCAGUACAAGGAAGCUAACAGCUGGUUAUAAAAGAGCUAAAGAGCGAUGCAUCAACAGAACUGGAUUUAUAGGGGCCAGAAGAAAGGAUUUGAAUAACAUAAGUAAAGCUGUACAUUUCAUUUUUUCCGAGGGACGAUUCGAGGAAGUCAUGCAAAUGGAGAAGCUCCUGGUGAACAGAAUUGACAAUGUGAAGAAAAAUGUGAAAAGAACACACAACAAAGUCACAUUACAUAGCAACCUACCUCAAGCAGAAAUGUGUCAAGAACUUUAUGAUAAACUGAAAGCAGAACCGUGUUUCUUCAAGGUAGAAUUUGCAAGACAAAAAGAAAAAAAAGCAAAAGGUCACCAGCAAGAUAAAAAGCUUGUAAAUAAAGUCGGCCCUCGCCUGAACUGUCAGUCCAAGGCACUCGGUGACAACAAAGCCAAGGCACUCGGUGACAACAAAGGUAAUGUCAUUAACAGAGAUGUCCCUCAAUUUCAAAAUCAGAAGCCUAAAGUACCACAAGGGAGAGGGGCUUUGUUAAUGAGCUAUAGAAACCUUCUCCAUGGAUCAACAUCUAGGCCUCUUGGAAUGGAUGAAAACAAGCAUCAAUCCAGAAAUGCUGACUUUGAUCAUUACAGUGACUCCCAGAGAAAAAUGCAAUCGACCUCUUUUCACCAAGGUGGUGGUCCAAAUGACCGUUUCUUUGGUUCCCAGGGAACUUUGCAAUCUGCCCCUUUUCACCAACAUGGUAGAAAUAUGGGCCCUGUCCACAUUCAUCAUGAUGGUGGUGAGCAGGACAGGUUCUUUGGACCCAACAGCAAGCCUCAAAAUAGUUCCUUACAAUCUGCCCCUUUACACCAAGGUGGUAGAAAUAUGGGCCCUGUCCGUGUUCAACAUAGUGGUAGUGAGCAGGACCAAUUUUUUGGCCCCCAUAGCAAGGCAAACAAUGGUUCCUUAGAACAGCCAGUUGGUCAUACCUCAAACUGGUGUUCGUCUUCAAAUUCUAGGGGCUCGUUACUGGGGGAUUACCCGGGACCACAUGGGGCCAUGAGUGCCAGUUUGUCAGCCACUCAACAGAAAAUGUUUGAAGCUGCAAGGGUCCCUUCGCACAGUAGUAGGAACGUCUUUGACAAUUUCGCUGAUGAUCAGUUGGCUAGCUAUGAACAUGUGCGACCCAGGUCUUUUUCAGGUGUCGAGUUUGACAGACAGACAAUGCUUACAUCAUCCACAAACACGCUCCCGGACCCACAUAUGACGGUGCCAGUGUUCAAGCAACGAUUUGCGGUCGACACGCAUAUCGAAUCAGACAAGAAGCUCCCGGAGAUCAAAGGCAUUGUGUUUACAUCUUCAGAGAACUUCGUGGUCAGUGAUGGUCGUAACCAGAUGCUCAAGGCGUUCAGCUGCAGUGGGGCGUACCUAGGACUUCAUUGCGGACCCGGGGCCCAUGUCUGUCACCUUCUGUAACGGCUGGCUCAUGUGGAACAGCCAGUUCUCCAAUAUAAAGUUCUGGAACACCAAGACUGCAGAGCUGAUUACCAACCCCAGUCUGAGCCAGACAGCCCCUCAUCCCCUCACCUCUUGCCGUAACCAGACCUACCUUGUGGGUAACUGUGAAUAAGUCAUCCAUAGAGGCAUACACUGUGGAUGUCCCAGGCAAGUUGGUUCUGUACAUGGUACCAAAGGGUUGCGACGGGCGUGUAAUAAACGACAUAACAGCAAUAGCAGCAAGAAACAAGAACCAUCUGGUUGUGAUUGACAACUUCAACAGGAAAGUGGUCAUCAACGAUCUAACAGGAUUAUUCAUUGGAGAAUUUUUUAAGGAGGAUUUUGAGCCUAGCUCAGUGUGCAUAACGGAACACGAUCAGAUAUUUGUGACCGACAGUUUACCGAAACAAGAUCGUCCUUCUCAACGCACAUGGCAGGUUCAUUAAGGAGUGGGGAACAGUUGUCGAGAGGCCCAGUGCCAUAGCUACCAAUGGGCAGGGAACUCUGGCAGUUGGGGGUGCAGGUCGCAAGGUCAUUAUCUACGAAUACAGGACAAACUAAUGGGGAGUGUUAUUAAUUGUGCAGGUUUUUAGCAUUUAAUCAAUAUUGAACAUGUUUUUUUGAAGUCAUCUCACUGUCUAUGAAUACUGGUAUAUGAUGAAUAAAUGGGGAACAUUAAUAAUAAAUAAAUGCAGGUUUCAAUUGGUUUAACAAUAUUAAACAUGGUAUGUGAAGUGAUGUCAUUAUCUAAACAUACACAAACAUGUUUUGUAAAGUUAUCACAUUGUCUAUGAAUACCGGUACAAGUUGAACUGCAUGAGGCACAAAGCAGAGAACCAGUGUAGAAAUGCAGAUACAAAUGACAGUAUUAUGAUGUUUUACACAUAUAGCCGGUGUUACAGUAAAAAUCAACUUUUGCGUUUCAAUAAAAUGCGGAAAAAUUUGGGCUGUGUCAAGUAUUGGCAAGAAUCUUUCUUGAGAUACAAUGAGCUUUUGUAGCAUGCGCUUUUGGUAAUUUAAAUGCGCAAAUAACGCAAAACGCACAUGAAAAAUUAUCACUGUCAGUGUCAUUAUAUGUGCAGGUUUGGAAUGCUUUAUCAAUAUUGAACAUAUUGUGUACAAUGGAUGUCGUUAUGAACUUAAAAAAAGUGUAUUGAGUAUGGUAUGUGAUACAGUCAGGACAAUGAUUAAUCAAUUCAAAGACUUAGACAGUUUCAAAUGGUCUGAAAUUUGCAGAUUACAGUAAAAUAAACUUAAACAGUCAGCCUAAAAACAGGAUGCUUCAAUAAACUGUUGAUAUUCAGCAAGUGAAUUGAUUUAUUUUAAAUUUCCGAUGUAUGAAAUCAACGAAUGGAUAGAUUAACACAGACCUUGAAUAUUCUUUCUUAAUAUUAUAACUAAAUGUUUUGUAUAAUGUAUUUGCAUUGUGUUUUGAUUGUUAACGUUGUUAUCAGGUUCAAAGACAAACUUGGAAUGUUCAGAAGACUAAAACUUUUUAUAAACACAUGUUUCUUUAUGUUUAAAAACAAACUUGUUAGUGAAAUUGAGCCCUCAAACUUUACUUUUUGCAGAAUAAGUAUCAAAAUAGUAUCAUUUAAAAUUAAUACAUAUGUUUAAGCUAUGUUUAUUUUCAGUGUCACUUAUCAUGUAUUUUUUUUUUUUAAAGGGUAUACACUCAUUUUAACAAUAAUCACAAAUUAAAAGUUGUCACAUUCUCAUUUUUUCAUAUUGAUUAAAAUGCACCUGUGUAUUGGCCCUAUAAUAUAAAAUAUACCUGUGAUAUGCUCGGGGAAAACUGGGCUUACUGCAUGUAGAUUAAGCCCGCUUUUUUCCAGAGCUCUGCUCAGUAGUUAUAUGAUAUGAUUUGACAGUCGAUGCUCUAAUCACUUUUUUUGCUGGUGUACUUUUGGUUUUGGAACUUUUCUGAAAAUUCUUUAAUCUAUUUUUAGCAUUGUUAGAGUGUCAUCUUCUGUUAUCCUCAUUGAAACUGACUCCUGAACAUUUACAUUGAAAACAUGUGCACUUAAGCCAAGUCUUUCAAUAUUAAAUGAAAAAGGUCAGGGUAAAAAACUUAACAAUUGGUUGAGUACAUUCCACUUAAUCGUUUUCCUGUUAUUAAAGUAUACUUGAUGGCACCAAACAUAAAUCGUUUUAAGUGGACAUGUACCCUGCCCAAAACUCUGGAUGUUCUUGGGUUUAUUCUUUAUCUUUUCAUGCAAUUAUGAGGUUGACCUUGAAAUACACGAAUUUCCGUUUAAGAUAUCGGUUUACGAUUGCAAGCUUACCCUCGAAAUUAAAGUCAAAUAUUGAAGGCAGUAUAGUACACUGCUCAUUUACUGAGAGAGAUAUAGAAAUAAUAAAGCAUUGGUAGUCUUGUACAGAGUUCUUAUUAGAACUUUUCUGAUAUUGGGAAAUAUGAUGUCUAAAGCUGAGUUCUGAUCAAACUUAGAAAGAGUUUGAGAAACUGUAUAUUCUUGUGCUCAACACAUUGGGCACCUAAGUCAGAGUUUCAGAACGUGUGCAGUCUUGGUGACAGUCAUCGAAAGACUGAGUCUGCAAUAUGAAAUUUAUGAAGGUAAUGAAUCAUUCUUUUAAAGACUUAAUCUUAGUGUAUUUCUGUAUAUUUGUUAGUUGUUUGCUGGAUGUAGUUAUAAAAAAUUGUUUGUAAACGUACAUCUUGGAGCAACAUAGUUAUUAUUCUGUGCUUACGGUGUCUGUUAGAAGUUCCUAUUGUUCAUAAUUCUAGAUUCUCAUAUUAAUUAUGUUUUAUUAGUCCCCUACCGGUAAAACCGGAGGGGACUUGGGGUUUGCAAUCUGUGUGUCAGUCAGUCAGUCUGUCACACUUUUCUGGAUCUUGCGAUAACUUUUUAUGUCCCCCACUAUAGUUUCGGGGGACAUAUUGUUUUUGCCCUGUCUGUUAGUUGGUCUAUUGGUUGGUUGGUCUGUUGGUUGGUUGGUUUGCACCAACUUUAACAUUUUGCAAUAACUUUUGCUAUAUUGAAUAUAGCAACUUGAUAUUUGGCAUGCAUGUGUAUCUCAUGGAGCUGCACAUUUUGAGUGGUGAAAGGUCAAGGUCAAGGUCAUCCUUCAAGGUCAGAGGUCAAAUAUAUGUGGCCAAAAUCGCUUAUUUUAGGAAUACUUUUGCAAUAUUGAAGAUAGCAACUUGAUAUUUGGCAUGCAUGUGUAUCUCAUGGAGCUGCACAUUUUGAGUGGUGAAAGGUCAAAGUCAAGGUCAUCCUUCAAGGUCAGAGGUCAAAUAUAUGUGGCCCAAAUCGCUUAUUUUAUGAAUACUUUUGAAAUAUUGAAGAUAGCAACUUGAUAUUUGGCAUGCAUGUGUAUCUCAUGGAGCUGCACAAUUUGAGUGGUGAAAGGUCAAGGUCAUCCUUCAAGGUCAGAGGUCAAAUAUAUGUGGCCCAAAUCGCUUAUUUUAUGACUACUUUUGCAAUAUUAAAGAUAGCAACUUGAUAUUUGGCAUGCAUGUGUAUCUCAUGGAGCUGUACAUUUUGAGUGGUGAAAGGUCAAGGUCAAGGUCAUCCUUAAAGGUCAAAUAUAUGGGUCAAAAUUGCUCAUGUAAUGUCACUUCUGCAAUAUUGAAGCUAGCAAUUUUAUAUUUGAAAUGCAUGUGUAUCUCAUGGAGCUGCACAUUUUGAAGUGGUGAAGGGUCAAGGUCAUCCUUCAAGGUCAAACUUCAUUUAGGGGGACAUUGUGUUUCACAAAAGCAUCUUGUUCUUCAUAUUUUUUCAUGAAACUCAAAACCUGGACAGAUGACAAUAUGGAGAUUAUGCACGUCAUUUCAUUUGUUCCCAAGUCUAGAAUUCUGGUUGCUAUGGCAACAAAUAGACUAGAAAUAUUGCUGAAAAUGGUGGAGUUUCACCUGUAGGGGACUUUUAUUGCUUGGCAAUAGUCUUGUUUCAUUUCUAUUGUUCCUUACUGUGGACCCAGUAUUAGUAUGAUGAUGCUUGAACAGGCAGGAAAAUCCAUCACAUCACAUGGUUUCCGAAACAUCUAAUUUAUAAUGUAAACAUUGUUUGUGUAUAUAAGCUCUUCAUUUUCAAUAGAUACAUGUCAAAAUCUUAGUCCAAACAAUUAACUUCCCUCAUUUCUUUAUUCGUCAGAGCAUGCUCCACUGGAAAAUUGCCAAAUGAUGUUUCACAUCAAUGGAUCAAUUUCCGUUUUCGACCACUGUUGGUUUCCUGUCUCAUGUUAAUGCUUUAUUACAAUGUUUUGUAUGUCAACUCAUUACAGUUUCUAUGUUUCUAUGCAUGAGAAGGGACUCGUAUGCAUUUUACUUUUUGUUGUUGGUUGUUGUUUUGCUUGGUUUAUUAUUUGUUGUUUCUCUGUUGUCUGAAAUCUAGCCUUCUCUUUUCAUGAUACGUUUAUUAUUCCUUGCAAAUUCUGUAGCUUCUACUUUAUUUCCGUAUCACAGUGCUUUGUAAGGUUCAAUACCGUUUUUGUGCCAUAAGCUUCAUGGUUAUAUAACAUACCAUUAUGUUCUUUUGUAUACAGGUUACCUAUAGUAAAGAUUCACAUUCAAUAUGAGGCCUUCUGGAUGAAUUCAUAGCUUUUGUCUACCUUCUCCAAUCACAACAUUUUUCUCAACCUUCAGAGUUAUAUUUUUUCUUCUAAUGAUUUGCGUAUGCUUGGAUGUCUUUUAUCAUGUUCAUCGGUCAAUUCUUGUCUAUAUGUAAUAGUCUUGGUCAUAUACAACCGAUAGUUUAUCUAGUUCUUUAGUCAUGAACUCCUAACGACCUUCAGGCUGAUGAACACGUACUUGACUUACUUUAAACCAUAUGCUCUACAUGGUUAUAAUUAGAUUGUAUAAAACAGAACAUAAGUAUAGUUUGACUUUGUUUAAUGAUUGAAAAGCAUUGUGUUAAACAUUUUUCAUAUUUUGCAGAGUUUUAAAGUUGUAAGUGAAACAUUAUCUGAACUAGUAUCACUUGUGGAUUCAUGUUUUGAUAUGCAUGUAUGUUUAAUGUUCCUAAAGAGUAAUAGAGGUUAUGUAUUUGACUUCUAAGGUGAAAUAAAACUAGGGAUCUAUUUUGCAUGCCAUGGACAUUUUUAAUGUAUUUAAAAUUUUGUUAUUGGAUGCAUUGCUAAAAUUAAGUGCUUGUAGUAGUCAAUAAGAGAGCUUUUUCAAAUAAUCUUUUGCCAUCUUAAUGGCAUAUCGUGAAUUUUUGACGUGUUAUGCGUAUAAAUGCAGCCAGGAGAAAAAGUUUCCAAUAAGCCAAUAUGUAUGAAACAAGAUAUAUGUGAAUAAAUGAUGGAGAAGGC